GUUUUCCUCUCAUCUAAACGUCUGAAUCAAAGUAUCCCUUCUGUUUAGCCUAACUCUGUACAAGACUCGCUCCAUGGUCGACCGUACCCGCAAUCCCCAACUUGAAUUUCCUUUCUGCUUUUGCAAAUAACAUUGCCAAAGUAAAACUUUGGUCCCAUUAAUCCUAAUUUCUCAAACCCACCCUAAUCUUCGUUGUUCUAUUCUGAUUGGGGACGGAUUUUGCAAAGUAAAACCCUAGGUAUUCAGUUUGGGGAUUGAGUUGAGUCUACAAGGAAAAGGGAGAAUGGAUUCUGAUUCGAAGAAGGCAUUAUUUCGCGCUAAAUUGAAGAAUUCCAAGAAGAAGGAAAAACGACGUAUAGAUUCUCCUCUUGUAAGGUAUAAUGAGUCUGAUGAGCCGGUAUGUAGAGUCUGUAACAUCGUCUUAAAGUCCGAGUCUCUUUGGGAUUCACAUCAAGUGUCUCGUAAACAUCGUGAGGCAAUAAGCAAUCUCAAAGCUGCUGCAGCUGGAUUACCCAAAGGAAACAAUGCAAAACCCGAGCCCCGUAAGGCGUCGCCUGAAUCUAAACCUGAACAUGUUGAAGAUAUUCAAAAACCACGACCUGAGAGCUCUAGAGAAUCACCGAGGCCUCAGUUGUCUUCAUCAGGGCUUCCUCCAGAUUUUUUCGAUAACAUUGGCAAACAAAAUCCGAACUCAGAAAAGAACUCUGUUCAAGUGGAGGUUGAGAAACAUAAAACUCCUAGUGGUAGAGAACUGACACAAGCAUUGAAGAUUACUGGUUCAGAAGCAAAGCAAGCAAAGGGAGCUCUUCCAGAAGGCUUCUUCGAUAAUAAGGAAGCUGAUUUACUUGCGAGGGGCAUAAAGCCUGUUAAGCCAGAUGUCAAAGAUGAAUACAAAGAAUUUGAAAAGUUGAUCCAAGAGGACUUGCAAGAGGUAGACAAUCGUUUCGAAGAAGAGGAGUUUGAUGCUGCUGAAAUGAUAGAAGAGGCUGAAUCUGUGGAGCAAAAGACUUAUAGGGAGAAAGUGGAACUCCUGAGGAAGAGGAAAGUGGAGUUGAAGACUGCUCGGUCUGCCAAGCAAAGCAAAGGCUCGAAGGAGGUUGUCAAAGAGAGGCCAAGUCCUGAGAAGUCAUCCAGUGAUGACGACAGUGAUGAGAAUUUUGCAGUCGAUUGGAGAGCUCAACAUUUGUGAAUAAAACUUCUUUUUCGUCCUUCAAACGAAGAUAUUAAAAAAAAAAAAAAAAGAGUACUCCCAAAAUUUGUUGGCAUCCUUAAUGAUAUGAUCUUGAAGAGCUAAAAGGCCACAAAAGCCUCAAAUGUGCACCAUUUGACUGACUGGUUAUUGCUCUUUUGUUGCAAUUUUGUACACUUACAAGUAUUUGCUGAGCUUCUGAGGUUGCAUGAAAUCCACCACAAGGAUAUUCCCCCUGUGGUUGGCACAAAUUAUUGAUAGGGAAGGAGACAUUUUUUUUUUUUUUUUCUAUUCUACAGUCUAAUUAUUUAUCUACUUUCUCAAGAAGGAAUGAAUUCCAUCGUGUAUAUUAACAUUU